AUGGGGCCUCCUCUUUACCUCCUAUCAGAUUUGGCCCUUCCCUCCUACCAAGGAGACCGCUGGAUUCGAACCCCCGAUAUCACUGCUAAGACCCUCCGACUCGCCCACUCGAGUCGCUUAGCCCUUGAAAUUGGUGAUGAAGGUGCAUCAAGCUUAAGUUCUGCCUUAGGAAAUUGCAUUAAUCUCUCUAAUUUGACACUUGAACUUGGUUAAAAUUAAAUUGGUGUAAAGGGUGCAUCAGGCUUAGGUUCUGUUUUAUCAAAUUGCAUUAAUCUCUCAAAUUUGACACUUGAUCUUGGUGGCAAUCAAAUUGGUGGAAUGGGUACAUCAGGCUUAGGUUCUGGUUUAUAAAAUUGCAUUAAUCUCUCAAAUUUGACACUUGAUCUUGGUAGCAAUUAAAUUGGUGAUGAAGGUGUAUCAGGCUUAGGUUCUGCUUUAGCAAAUUGCAUUAAUCUCUCAAAUUUGACACUUAACCUUUAUUUCAAUUAAAUUGGUGAUGAAGGUAUAUCAGGCUUAGGUUCUGGUUUAGCAAAUUGCAUUAAUCUCUCAAAUUUGACACUUAAUCUUGGUGACAAUCAAAUUGGUGGAAUGGGUGCAUAAAGCUUAGAUUCUGGUUUAGCAAAGUUCAUUAAUCUCUCAAAUUUGACACUUAACUUUUAUCGCAAUUAAAUUGAUGAUGAAGGUGUAUCAGGCUUAGGUUUUGGUUUAGCAAAGUGCAUUAAUCUCUCAAAUUUGACACUUUAACUUUCUUUCAAUAAAAUUGGUGGAGUGGGUGCAUCAAGCUUAGGUUCUAGUUUAGCAAAAUGCAUUAAUCUCUCAAAUUUGAAACUUAAUCUUGGGUUUAAUUUAAUUGGUAACGUAGGUGCAUCAGGCUUAGGUUCAGGUUUAGCAAAUUGCAUUAAUCUCUCAAAUUUUAAAAUUAAUCUUGGUUAUAACUAUAUGAAUGAAUCAUAAAAAUUUAAAGCAAUAAGCAAGUGUCUUAAAUCAAAAAGGUUAGUUGUCUUUAAAAAAAAAAUAUGGUGAUAAAUAUGUGGGAAAAAAAUGAUGAAUAAAUAUUAAAUGUUUGAAUAAUUGAAUAUUAUAUGUUAUAAUAAAUAAUAUUUUGAAAAAGUAUUUUCCACUUAAAUAUAGAAAAAGCAAGAUACCAUUCAAAAAUUUCGUCGUUUAGAUGUCAC